AUGAGCAUCUCACAACCAAAACAUUUCUACUUCCCAAACAAGGAGAACGUCCCAUUGUACUUCUCCUCUCACAGUUCCUGGGAGUCAUUCCCCGUUGCAUUAGUCAUCUCCGGCAGGGGAUUUAACAAGAAUAUAAUGGGAUCCGUAAAAAGAAAGUUCGAGCAACUUAUCAAAGCCAACUCUGACAUGGAUGCCACACUGGAUAAGUUCCUAGGAGGCUCUCAUCCCCUCGCUUUCUACAGGGAGGAACUGUUGGGCGGAACCCCCAACUCGACUAUCCCACUGCUCGUGCAGGCUUGCAUGGUAAAAUUUGAUGUUUGGUGCAUACUGGUCGAUCAAGGGAGCUUAGUGGAUAUCAUGUACACCCAGCUGUUCGCUACCCUACAAUUGAAUGAAAGCCACCUGACCCCAUACAUGGGCUCAGACCUCUAG